AUGGGUAUUUGCAGAUCUUAUUGCUUAGAUUACCAAGAUACAAAUUCUAGUAAGGUUGCCAAGAAAGCUCCAGACUACAGUGCAUAUAAAACAACGCCCCAGCCCCAAAUAGCUCAAGCUGCACCAAAACCAUCACGAAAAAACAUGAAUUAUAUCAAUGACUCAAGCAAAUCACUUCUCAAAUCAUUUUAUAGGCUUCAUAAGUCUGAAAUAGACCCAGAAAUCUUAUUGAUUUAUCUAGAGGUCUUAAAUGGCGAGCCAAGAAACGUCCAAGAAGUUUCAUUCAAAUUUAGAGCAAUCAAUGCGAAACAAGCAAAGUUUUUAAGUGUCAUUUUGCCUUACUGUCCAGAUCUCUACAAGCUUAAUUUAUGAAGGACAAAUUUAGGAGACUCAGGGAUAAAAUACAUAACAAAAUGCCUUCCAAACUUGCUGCGUCUUCAGCAGCUUUCAAUAGAAGAAAAUAACAUCACAGAAGUGGGCUUUUCAUAUUUAGCUAAAGGACUAAGACACUUAAAGAAUCUGAAAAUUCUAAGCAUCCAUCAAAAUAUUCUGGGAAUAACUGGGGCUCAAAAUAUAUCAGUUGCCUUACAAACUUUGGAAAGGCUUGAGGAACUUUAUCUGGACUCAACAAAAAUUGACACGGAGCAACUGUCUAUUUUGGCUGGAGGGAUAUCGGAACUAUGAAAUCUUAAAAAACUAGGACUUGCUUUUAACCAAAUUGAUGGGAAAUCUGCAAGCACAAUUAAAGAAAUUGUUGAUAGACUUAAAGGUCUUAAAGAAGUGUUUCUUUCUGGAAAUCAGCUGAAUGAAGAUGAAGCUGAAGCCAUGGUAAAUUUAUCUCAGCGAGUUAACAUUCGUGCAUAA